ACACAUACUGCAUCAGUUUCUUGAAAGAGAAGCAAAAUGAAGAGCUACUACAAGCUGUGCGUUCUUAUCGCUUUGGUGGUUUCUGGUUACACCAGCCCAAUAGCGCCACCUGCUGAUGAAGACAGAGAGAGCAUCGCAGUGAAUUACCUGACUCAGUUAUAUGGCCUGCCAAAUCAGAGCAAUUCUGACACUGAAAAACGCUCCAGUGGCAUGAGUCUGAGGUUGAAAGAGAUGCAGCAGUUCUUUAGACUCAAGGUAACAGGGAAGCUGGAUGAUGAGACGCUGGAUGUGAUGAGGAAGCCACGCUGCGGGGUUCCAGAUGUUGCUGCGUACUCCGUUUUUCAAGGGGACUACAAGUGGAAGAAACAUGAUCUGACCUACAGGAUUGAGAACUACACCCCUGACAUGUCUGUAGCAGAGGUGGAUGAUUCCAUCAAAAGGGCCCUGCAAUUGUGGGCAGAUGUCACUCCUCUGAGAUUCACCCGUCUCUACAGAGGCACAGCUGACAUCAUGAUCUCCUUUGGUGUUGGAGAUCAUCAGGACGGAUACCCCUUUGAUGGGCCAAAUGGUCUUCUGGCUCACGCUUUCCCUCCAUUUGAAGGCAUUGGUGGUGAUGCCCAUUUUGACGAUGAUGAGAAGUUCUUCUACAGAUCUCCUCAAGGUUACAAUUUGUUUCUGGUGGCUGCCCAUGAGUUCGGACACUCUCUUGGGCUCGAACAUUCCCGGGAUCCGGGUGCACUGAUGUAUCCCACCUACAUUCACAGAGACGUUGAUACCUUUGUCCUCCCUAAAGAUGAUGUCGACGGAAUCCAGUCUCUUUAUGGCCCAAACCCUGAUGAAACAGGUCCAAGACCCACACCGCCAGUUACCCCAAACAAAUGUGAUCCCAAACUGGUCCUGGAUGCUGUCACCAUGCUUCGCGGAGAGAUCAUGUUCUUCAAGGACAGCUUCUUCUGGCGCAGUAGUCCUCACAGAGGAACCGUUGAACAACAUCUCAUCACAGGCUUCUGGCCUGAGAUUCCAGGUCAUAUCGAUGCAGCAUUCGAAAGCCCAUUGGAGGACAAAGUCUUCAUUAUCAAAGGUGAGAAGGUGUGGGCUCUCUAUGGCUAUGAAAUGGCACAGGGAUAUCCCAAGAGUCUCAGCAUGUUCCGUUUGCCAAGAAAAGUGCAGAAAGUCGACGCAGUCCUCUACGAUGAGACCAACUACAAAAUCCUGUUUUUCGUUAACAAACAGAUAUAUAGGUCAGUAAAUCUCUUAGUCUGACUGAGUUGGUCAUCU